AUGCCCGGUGCGACCGCAGCCACGACUGUCCCUGCCGCUGUCAACGGCAACGGAAAGGCCAAGGGGCGAGCAAGUAGGACAGCAGUCAAUGACUCCGAUGACGAUGCUCCUUCCACCGCUCGAACGCCCAAAGCUCCCCCAAAGAAGAAGAUCAAGAAGGAGGAGAGCGACGAAUCCACGUUCGAGGAUAAACCUGUCUCCGCGAAGAGGGCCCCUGCCAAAAAGCGCAAAGUCAAAGUCGAAGAAGAUGGGGCCUCGUCAGAGGAUGAGAAACCGAAGAAGCGUGCGCCGAAGAAGGCCGUGAAGAAAGAGGAGGAGUACGUCAAACCCGCGAAGCAGCCAAAGUCGAAAGUCAAGGAGGAGGCUGAUAGCAAAUCACCGAGCAAGAAGAAAAAAGAGGAGGAGGAAGAGGAGAUAUACAAGUGGUGGGAAGAACAGAACGACGAGAACGAUGGUUCCAUCAAAUGGAAAACUCUCGAACACAACGGAGUGCUGUUCCCUCCCCCAUACGAACCACUUCCAACUCACGUCAAAAUGAAGUACAACGGCGAACCUCCAGGCAAUGUGGUCAACCUACCUCCCGAAUCCGAGGAAGUUGCGCAGUUCUAUGCGGCACUCAUUGAGAGCGACCAUGCGCAGGAUGCCGUAUUCAAUAAGAACUUCUUCCGUGACUGGAAAGCGGUACUCAAAGAACAUCCUCCGUUGGAUGGCACGAACAUUACGGACAUGAAGCUAUGCGACUUCCGACCCAUCUAUGAAUAUCUGGAGGAGGAGCGCGCUAAGAAGAAGGCCUUGACUUCUGCCCAAAAGAAGGAACUCAAGGCUGAGAAGGAUAAGCUAGAGGAGCCGUAUGCAUAUUGCAAACUCAAUGGCCGGAAGGAGAAGAUCGGUAACUUCAGGAUUGAGCCUCCAGGCCUGUUCCGUGGCCGUGGCGAGCAUCCGAAGAAGGGUUCGUUGAAGCACCGUGUGCGACCUGAAGAUAUCACGAUUAACAUCGGCGAAGGCGUCCCUAUACCUGUGCCUAACAUGCCCGGCAAAUGGAAGAACGUUAUUCACGACCAGACCGUCACCUGGCUGGCGAACUGGCAGGAGAACAUCAAUAACCAGAACAAAUACGUCUUCCUCGCCGCGAACAGCUCGCUCAAGGGCCAGAGUGACAUGGCGAAAUUCGAGAAGGCUCGUGAGCUCAAGAAACAUGUCGAGCGAAUACGACAGGAUUAUACGGCGGACCUAAAGACAAAGGUCAUGGCGGAUAGGCAACGAGCGACGGCCAUGUACUUCAUCGAUCGUUUAGCUCUUCGUGCCGGUAAUGAGAAGGGAGAAGACGAGGCCGACACCGUUGGUUGUUGUUCAUUGCGCUGCGAGCACGUCACGCUGGAGGCACCGAAUUUCAUCAUAUUCGACUUCCUUGGUAAAGACUCGAUUCGUUACUAUAACCGCGUGGCCGUCGAUGAACAGGUCUUCAAGAAUAUUCGCAUAUUCAAAAAGGACAAGGAGGAUGACGACAACCUAUUUGAUCGUGUCGCGACUACAACAUUGAAUAAGCAUCUUCAAUCGUACAUGAAGGGCUUAACGGCGAAGGUCUUCCGUACCUAUAACGCGUCGAUCACCUUCCAGCAACAACUAGAUGAAGGAACACCGGAAACGGCAACCACCCAGGAGAAGCUCAACGCCUACAAUCAUGCCAAUCGCAUGGUGGCCAUCCUGUGUAACCAUCAACGUGCCGUCCCUAAGACUCAUGAUCAGUCCAUGGCCAAAAUGAGGGAUAAGAUCCGUGGGCUCAAGUACGAGCGUAUGAAGUUGCGGCACGCGCUGUUCACUGUCGAGCCGAAGUACAAGAAGAAAGAGAAGUAUCGAGAGGACGAAUCGGAUAUUGACGAUGAAUGGAUCGCGGAGCACGAAGAAGAGCUCGAGCAGAAAGCGAUAGAAAAGGCAGAGAAGAAGUUUGAGAAAGACAACGAGAAGCUUGUCGAGGACGGCAAGAAAGCACACCCGGAUUCUGUCCUGAAGGAGAAGAUCGCGGAUAUCAAGGAAGAGUUUAAGCAGUUGCGGAAGGAGCGAGGUACCCAGAAGCAUGAGCCGAAGAGGGCGAAGCCUGUUGAGAAGCUCGAGGGGGCUAUCGACAAGUUGACGGAGCGAAUUACAACCACUAAACUCCAGAUGGACGAUCGAGACGCUGGAAAGGAGGUCGCUUUAGGCACAAGUAAAAUCAACUAUUUGGACCCGAGGAUUACCGCGGCCUGGUGUGCCAAACAUGACGUGCCUAUAGAGAAGAUCUUUUCGAAAACCCUCCUCAACAAAUUUCCGUGGGCUAUGCAUGUGGACGAGGACUGGAAAUUCUAA